UUUAUAUAAUAUAAUAUAGUAAUAACCGCAUAAAAUUAAAAUGUUCACUGAAUACUUAUAUCAGCGUUUGCUAUGCCAGUAGAAUCAUUGGGAGGGAGAAGGCAACAGAUGCUUUUGCCACAAUCUAGACUCCGGUGCAACUCGUUUGCGCACAAUUUAAAUUUUUUACCUGGAUAUCGAUGACUCGUUUGCGCACAACGAAAUCAGUCGUUUACCUGUAAACGGACGACUCGUUUGCGCACAACAUAAUCACUAAGUAACAUGUAUUUUAUAUUUUUAAAUUUGGACUUACCUAAAGUAAUUGAAUUAUCAGUACAAAUUACCAGCAUAUCAAUAUCAAUACAUAAUGAUUUAAAAUAAUCGUCGUGUAUUAGGAAAGCGUAAUACUUUUAAACAGUCGUUCGCCAGAAAGCUGUACUAUAACUACUAACUGUAUUGACUGUGGAUAUCGAAAUUUGUGAUGUUUUUGAAACGCGUCGAGGAAAAAAAUGUUUAAACAUAGAAAGUUAUAAAUUUAGAGAAUUCCGAACUUUAAAAUCUGACGAUAAACAUUUUAGGUGUACAAAUAAAAAAUGUUCCGUAAGUGCUGUAGUUAGGUUAGUUAAUGAAUCAUAUAAAAUUUUAAAAAUGACCAACACGCAUACCCAUGUACGACGACCGAACAAUUCAUCGAGAAGUAGUAAGAAGCAAAUUGAAACGUAGAGCUGAAGAGGAUUUACAUAUUAAACCAAAUAAACUAAUACGCCGGGAAUUGAAAAACAAUGAUAACUCUGAACAUCUUCAAUAUAGCGAUAUGAAAUUAAUUCGAAGAUCCAUGUAUGAAAAACGAAAAAAAUCCUUUCCAAACAUACCGAGAUCUUUCGAAGAUGCUAAAAAACAAUUAAUUGAUGAUCAGCAUAAUCUUACUUACAAAGGUAAUAAAUUUUCUUUCGUUAGUGAUGAUGAAAAUAUAUUUAUAUUUACAUGUAAACAAAAUUUGGAAUUGCUACAAAGUGCAGAACACGUUUUUGGGGAUGGGACAUUUUCAUUCGCUCCGAAAUAUUUUGUUCAACUUUAUACUAUUCACGUAUUUAAAAACAAUUUUUAUGUUCCUGUGGCGUUUUGUUUUUUAAGUAACAAACAUACUGAUACUUACAUCAAUAUGUGGAAAACAUUACAAAAUAUAUGUAUUCAAAUUACUGGUAAUAUAAUAAAUUUAAGCAAUUUUCAUGUCGACUUUGAAAAAUCUGCGCAUAAUGCAGUAUUGCAAAUUUUCCCUUACUGCAAAAUCACGUGUUGUAACUUUCAUUUAGGGCAAAAUUGGUUUAGACAUAUUCAACAAUAUAAAUUAUUAUCAAGCGAGUACUUAAACAACGACUCAGAAGUUGGCAAAUGGAUGAAAUGUUUUUUUGGAUUAAGUUAUUUACCUCCUGACGAAGUUUCUGAUGGAUUUUGUGAUCUUAUGUCGAUAGCACCAAGUACUACGUCUAGUAAUAUUUCUAUAUUUUCCGAUUAUAUUUUAGAAAAUUACAUUGCAUCGGACAGCAAUUUUCCUCCAACAUUAUGGGCUUGUAAACCUACUAAUAAUCCUAAGACUACUAAUGGUGCAGAGAGUUAUCACAAACAAUAUAACAGUCAGUUUUACUCUGCUCAUCCGCACAUACAUCAAGUAAUCGACGUCAUUAUUGAAAUUCAAAGUGACACUGAUUUAAAAAUUAAUUCAAUAAACAAUAAAAUCAUAAAUUUCAAAAGAAAAGAGAUAAUUAAUAAGGAGAUACAAUUGGAAAACAUUUGGAAUGAAUAUAAAAAUAAUAUUAUUAAUCGUUUAACUUAUAUAAAGAAAAUCGGACUUAAAUGCCACCAUUCUAAAUUAGUAUAA